AUGGCUGUCAUCAACAAGAACCCAGAAGUGCUCUUGAGAAAGAGAAAAGACUCCGACAGAAAGCGUAUUGAGCGCCAGGAGAAGCUCCGUGAUAAGUUUCUUCGAGCUGAGAAGUUGGCCAUGAAGCACAAGGCUGCUUUCAUCGAGAACAAGAGAAUGGACAGCAUCUUGAAGCACGAGCAGCGCCAGAUAAGUUCUAAAAAAGAGGAGGACCCCAAGCUCAUGUUUGUUAUCAGAAUCCCCAACGUGCACAAGCAUCUUGCUGUGCCCGAGAAGGCCAGGGCUGUUCUCCAGGUUUUGCGUUUGACCGAGGAAAAUAUGGGUGUUUUCGUCAAGGUGACCCCUACCGUCAUUCCUGUUUUGAAGCUCGUGGCUCCUUUCGUUGUCGUGGGUAAGCCAUCUCUUGCUUCCGUCCGUGCGCUUUUCCAGAAGAGAGCCUCUGUCCCAGACUCCGAGAGCGAGUCAGGUUUCUCCAAAUUGGACAACAACCAAGUUGUCGAAGACAAGUUUGGCGAUGAUCUCGGCCUCAUUUGCGUGGAGGAUUUGGUCCACGAGAUCUACGGUUUGGGCGAAAACUUCAAGGCUGUCAACAGCUGGCUCGCUCCAUUCAAAUUGGUGGCACCUGUCAACGGAUGGAGCCCCAGAGCUCGCUUGGAGAGAAUCCAGUACGAGCGUGAGAUGAAGAAACCUAUCACUUUGGCGGGCCAUGUGUCCUUGGAGGAGAUUGACAUCGACAAGCACAUCAGCGAGCUUAACUAA